AUGAAGGCUCUCAGCACCUCAUGGCCCAGCUCGCUCUCCCUGUCCCCGGCCUGCUCCAAACCAUCUUUCUGCUGCUCCAUAUCUGCACCAUUUCAGAGCCAGGCCGUGCUCCGGAGCCUGCUUUUACAGCUCGUCUCAUAUCUCCUGUCAGUUAGUUCUACAGGCGUGCUGCAACACACGCCAAAGAAAACCAGGCGUGCUGCAACACACGCCAAAGAAAACCAGGCGUGCUACAACACACACGCCAAAGAAAACCAGGCGUGCUACAACACACACGCCAAAGAAAACCAGGCGUGCUACAACACACACGCCAAAGAAAACCAGGCGUGCUACAACACACGCCAAAGAAAACCAGGCGUGCUGCAACACACGCCAAAGAAAACCAGGCGUGACUUUGAAAUAACCAUCGUCAGGGGGCAUAAGACGACGCCGCUCCUUCUCGGCAACUUCUGA